UUCCAGAUUGUGUGUCCGUUCCUUUGUGAGUUGCAAACUAAAUCUCUGCGGACAUUUGCUCGGUUUUCGACGACUCUUUUUUAUAUUCCACAGUUAACUUGUUUUCCUCGGAAAAGCGCGUUCGAGUGUUGUAGUUUCGUGAAGUUUUCACGUGCUUUCGCCCAGUGCAGAAGUUUUGUAAGUGGAACACCGUCCUACGUUUUAGGUCACGGCUGUGAUUUCGGUAGUGGUCAGUGGAAACCCCGUUCACUAGGAAAGUUGGUGAAUCGUCUAGUUUUACGUGGUUUGUGCUCGAAUUAGGAAAAACGAUUGGGUGUAUGAUUUCCUUUGUGGUUUGCUCUGCGAUCCGGAUGUCGUGAGUGUGAACAACAAGCGAUUGAGCGUAACGAGAAGUAAAUUUACUUCGCUGUUGCUUUCUAACAGCGAACUUUGUAAGUGACUAUCAGUGUUUUUGUCAAGCUUUAAGUGUUAGUUCGGGCUUUCUGUGUGUACUAAGUGGUGCUAGUUUGUAUUGUGUAAGAUAUUUUUACCUUAUUGGAUACCUAUUGUUCCUGGAUAACAUUUAAAAGUUAUUCGUGUUGGAUAUCACGCAGAUAUUUUUGGAUUAAAGGCGAUGCUGAUGACAUAUAACAAACUAUGAUCAAGGAACUUCUCGUGUCAUCAGAUUGGCUCAUCUAAUGUUUUUAGCCAUGGGGACGACCGCUCAGCCUGAGGCCGCCACCAUGACCUGCUCACCUCGUCGCUGACCCUCACCCUCACAUCUCUACAGACAAGAUGGACGUGUCCGUCAACCCAGUGCUGGAGAGCGUCCGGCCGUUCUUCCAAGGACUGCCGGCGCCGGCCAGCAACCCCGGUGCGGCGCCUCCCAGUCACCCGGCCGCCGCGACGCCGGUGCAACCUCCGCCCCACGGACCGCCGGCCUCCUCGCCCUCCGUGCUGUCCUACUGGCCGCAACCGCAGAGGACCAAGGACAAAUCGCCCGCGCUCGCGUCGCCGCUCCACCACGUCUACAACGGCACCAAGCUACCGGAGCCUCAACAACCUUCGGCACAACACAACCUGCCUCCCGUAGCCUCCAACUACCACUCGCAAACGGUCCUGCGGCACCCGCCCUCCCAGCCGUUCCGCACCCCUGACUAUCCGCAGUCCAACCACCAUAGUAUAUACAGUCCCCAACCUCUCUCCAACCAAAGCAUUAGUCGUAGUUCGUCGUCCAAGUCGCCCGUCGUCUCGUCACCCUCGCCCCUCGCCUACAGCUACUCGCCUCACACCACGUCAGCGUCGCCUCAACCUCACCACAAGCCGCAGUAUCUGUCAUCGCCCUCCCCUAGCCAUCACCCGAUGUCGCCCGUCAUCCAGCAGCCUAGUCAACAAUACCCGCAGCAUAAUCAUACCCAACAACAAAUGCAAUCAACCAGUUUACAAUCUCUUGGUGGUCAGCUGCAUUCCAGUGGGUACAAACAAACAAGUUCUCUCCAAAAAGACGCCAACAGUCAUAUACAGCAUUCUAGUUCACAACAAACCCCUCUUAGCGUUCAACAACAGUUGGAUGAUCAGCAUUCAGGAACUCAUCAACAACAUCCUACAAGUCACCAGCAACAUUCUAGUAGUCAUCAGCAGUCUAGUAAUCAACAACAUCCCAGUAAUCAACAGCAACGCUCUAGUAAUCAUCAACAGCAGCAUACUAAUAGUCAUCAACAACAUCUCAAUCAUCAGCAACAUCCGAGUACGAUUCAACAGCACUCUAGUUCUCAGCAGCAGCAACCAAAUAGCAAUACGAAUCGUUCACAUACCCCACAACACCAUUCUAACAGCAUUCAUCAACAUCUUUCAAGUGUUCCUCAACAACAUUCAAGUGUUGCUCAACAACAUUCUAAUCACCAACAGUCAAGUCAUCAGAAUCCGCCCAGUAAUCAGCGUACUCCGGACCAAUUAUCAAGCGGCUAUCCACAACACCCUAAUCAACAGCAUGCAAGUGGUCAAGGGAAACCUUCACACCAAUACCAUCAAUCAAACAGCUAUCAAACACACUCACUUCCUGCCCGACCUCCGAGUCAUUCUAAUCAACAUCAACUGCAGCCUCAGCACACGAACAGCCAGCAGCAACAAAGCAGCAAUCAACAUCAGAGUCUAGCCAACUACCAUCAGCAAAAAUCGUUGGGCCAACAUCAGCAAAGCCAUUCACAACAGAUGUUGCAUCAGCAACAAGCGAGGCAUGAUCAGCACAGUCAACAGACGAGUCUGAGUCAUCAUCAGCGGCAACAAAUGAUGACUCAGCAACAUCACCAGCAGCUGCAGCAGCAAGCGGCGAUGUACAACCAGACGGUGCAACAGACCUCGUCUCGUCCCCAGCAUCAACAGGUGCACCAGCAGCAACAGCAUCAUCAACAACAACAACAACAACAACAACAGCAACAACAACAGCAGCAACAACAACAGCACCAGAGAGACACGGAGAAGCUGGCCGAGAUGGAGCAGAUGCUGAGGCUGAAGCAACGUCAGCUGGCGGCGGUCCAGGCGCAGCAACAGGCUUAUUAUGCUGCUGUGUCGAGUAACUCAUCGAGACCAUCGAACCAAACAACAACCACAACAACAACUGAAGCGAGCAAUCAUCAACGAACAACUCCAACCCAGGCUCUAAUGGGAGGAGUCAAAAGAGAGUCUCCACUAGACUUGUCUGUGAAAACUGUGAGACAGUCGGCCGACUCCACAGCCAAGGACGAUGCGGAGAGUGCUUACUACGCCAGCAUCCAGUCGCAUGAGGCAUUCCUUCGGGGAAAACUUCAUCCAAAGACAGCAAGUCCGAGGAACUCCGUCCCACCUCUGCAGUUGCCAUCGACCAUUGUGUAUCCUCACUUUGACAACCACGCUGUCAAUCAAACCUCAACUGCUGGUGCACCAAAAGUCGAUUUCCUUCCUAACUUCAAUGCUCAUCACAGUUCUUCAUCAACAAAUUCCAGGAACUUUCAAGAUCCAAGUAAAAGACCUAGAAAAAGCUCAAAUUCCCACGUUCCUAGUCCUCAGUACCCUCCUCAGGUCGGGAGUCUGCCCCACAUGGGUAGUUUCAAGCGGAGUAGUUUACCUUCUGCUGCAUAUGAUGACCCGAACAAACAAUCUCAGUAUUAUCCGGCCACUGGGCCUCCUUCGCACAGAUCGUCAGCAGCAAUACCCAACCACGCAUCUCACAACAUGCAACCAUCGUUUGGAUCAUCCAACAAUCCCUAUCCUUACGAUCCUCUAAAGAGAGGUAGUUCUGCCAGGUACGAUAUGGUAGAAAGACACUCAUCUUCAUCAUCAUUACAAUCCUCUUUAGAAUCUAACUAUCUUCUCGGUAAAAGACAGUCUUCUACAGACCUGAGACAUCCGCUACCACCAAAAAUCCCCAAAGUUGUUGAUACUUGGAGACAAACGAUAGAUCAACAAAUUGAGCAAAGACUCAAUUCUUACGCUUCUUCCAGAGGUCACAUGGUCAACGGUGUUUCUAAAGAAAGCAGUUUGCAGAACAGUUCUGGAAUUCAUCAACAGACAUCUUUGUAUACUUCUGCGUCCAAAGUUCAGACAUCACACUCCAGCGCAACCCUUCCUUCCAGCAACAGCUUGAUUAGAAGCUCAGCUAUGUUCAGUCCUCAGCAGAACAAUUCCAAGUCUAACCUUCCACCUCAACACUACCCGCACAGUUCACUACAGCAGUACAUGGCCCAGGGCAUACCACCGAGAUCUGUGUCAGAAACUUACAACAAUCUGUCGCAAGUGAAAGUUCCCUCCCUCCCUAGUAAUGGGGCGGCGGACAAAAGAGUGCUCAGCAUCUUGAGGAAACGCCUCGACACAAGAGAGGCGACAAACCAACUUGUCCAACAACAAAUGCAGCAAGACAGAAACAAGAUGUAUUCCUCUAGAGGUUACCCUCAAUCCUUGCCUGUGCCAACGCCUCAGGGAAGACACAACCUGCCUCCGUUUAAUGCCUUGAACUUGGAGCGAAGUGCAGCAAUCGCAUAUCCCAGCCAGAAGCUGCACAUACCCAAGGCGAUGGACUCUGUAGUUCCUGAUCACUCUCAGAGCCAUUACCCUCCCAGAGCUGAUAUUGUUCCGAGGUCACCAUUGGCUCCUAGGGCCGAUGUGUCUGCUAAACCUGUGGCAGAAAAUGCUGCUGACUUUGACGGCCUUGCUGCAUUCCUUGCAGCGAGAAUACGCACAAAAGCUGAACUCAAACAGGUUGGACCAUCAAUGGAAUCUCAGCCUCAGCAUCCACCACAUACUCCGCUGCCAGCCUCUACAUCCCCCCGGGGCACCCCCGCCGUGUUCUCACCCCCGCUGCACUACCCUCCUCCUACAGCAGCGGAAUUAGGUAAACGAACGCCAACAUCCGAAAGUGGAGCCAGCAGUAGUGGUCACAGUGGCAGCAGUCCGUUGAAACAUGUGAGAGACAAGUAUGGAGUCAACUCUCCUAGGAGAAGAUUGUUCGGAGAGCCGAGUGAGAGUGUGAUGGCAGCCAGGGAGGCCGGACUGCGCAGCUCCUCCGAGACCUCCGUUUUUGACUUCCGAGAGUCUGACUCCGAGGGAGAGUUGGGCUCGGAGAGGCAGAGUCUGACGGACAUGCGCAAAGACAGAGACAGGAGACUACAAGAGAGACACCAGACCUCACCUGAGGUGCCUCAGGUCUGUGACAGUGAGCCCAUCGAUGACACAUUCUGGAGUGGAAUGUGCGAUCAGUUUGUGACGCAGUUAGAAAAAGGUGGAAACAAAGUUAGGAAGCGAGGAAGAAAGAAAAAAGCUGAACCUGUUGAAGAAUUUGGGAUGUUUGAAACAACAGAGGAUGCGCUUAGGGCGUUUUAUGACAUCAAGCCGGAACCUUCCUCAGUCAGUAUCAAACCAGAACCUGCUGCCACUACAAAGGAAGAAGAAUCAUCCCUUGUUCCAAAGUCGGAAGAACCUUCUAGUACUGUCACCAAGCAGGAUCAAUUGGAAGUUAAGAAUAUAAAAUUAGAAAUAAUAGAAGACGAAGAGCUGGAAGAAAGAAUAGAGGAAAAUACUGCAGUCGAAGAAAAAAGUUUACCACCACCCGUCCAAAAGAUUAAAAUUGAAGAUGAAUCUUCAGAUGAAGAUGCUCCUUUGGCUUUAAGACAAUUUGAACUGAAAAAAUCUUUUGUAAAAUUAGAAAAUAGUUCAGAAAAUGACUGCAUUGUUACAAAAGACUCCGAAAAUGACAAAACUUCUUCAUUGACAGAUAAAACGGACAAAAUAAAAAGUGAUGGUCCAAAACAGAAACUUACCAAAAAAGAUCUUAGUGAUAGUGAAGCGGAAUCUAGUAGCGAUGAAAAUUGUGAAUCUGUCGCUAAACGACUGAGAAUGAGAAAACCCAAAGAAGAAUCUGUAAAGGGAACUAAAAGGAAAACUAGAUCGAAAGAAAAAGACACCAAAGAAAAGGAAACCAGUGAAAAAGAAAAUUCUCUGGACAGAUCUACUCCGCAGAAAGGUGGAAGGAGGAAGAAAGAUAAGGAGGAGAAGAAAAAAUCAUUUUUUGGAGAUGGUUCAGAAUUUAGACCUGGGUGGGAAGCUGAAGUUUAUCGCUACAAGAGAUCCCUGAGAAUGCCUACAAGUCUGAUAAAUAUUGCAGGUCCGCAAAGCUGGCCAAGUCCCAAGCUGUCAGUGUCUCUGCCAGAUCUAGACCCUGACUCUCCAAUGACUUUGGACUCUGAAAUAUCAAUGCAAACUAAGAAGUUGGAAAGUGAUGGUGAAUCAACACCUAGAAAAUCAAAAUCUCCCGUCUCAAUUAAAACAAAAUCCCAAAAGAAAGGAGAAGAAAAAGCAGUAAAGGAAGGCGAGGAAGAUUCUUUCCUCAACAGGUUAAUACAGCGUUAUGGUGGAAAGGGUAAAAAGUCAUUAAGGAAAGGUGUGGAGAAAGACAGCUCCAAGGAAAGGAAAGGUCCCAAAAUAAUUCCUCAAAGUAACGAACUCCAGUUACUACCAACCCCGAGUUUGGAUUGUAUCGUUAAGUCAUCACCUUUGAAAAAGACAGAAGCACAAUCUAAACAGUCUAAAGGUAAAAAACUGUCUAAAGACGAGGAUAAACCAGUUGAUAGUGAGAUCAAGGAGUCAAUAUUUUUGGGAUACUUCCGCAAGAAGACAGUCGCUGAUUUCAGCAACGUUUUUGCAAAACACAACGGCGGAUUUGCAACCGAGCACGAGCUACCUCCGAUAAUGCUCAAGUCUAGAACUAGAACGCAGACGAGAAUUCUAACACAGCGAGCGACAAUCAGAGAAGUGUUCGGUGAAGACAGACCUGCCUCAGCACCACCUGCAGGAUGUCGAGAAGACAAUGAAGAAAAUGACAAAACAGUGGAGGAGAAGAAGACUAAAAAGACUGAGAAGAAGUGUAAAGCACUUCUCAAUAAACGAAACAGUACAAGUGGAACCAGGCCUGGGCUUAGGAGUGCUGCAGUGCUUAGAAGUAACAAAGCCGUCUUGAAGUCAAAACAGCAACUACUUCAAGGAGGGGAAAGGAGGAAGAGGAGUAAAGAUCUAAUCAAAGCUUUCAAAACGAAUAAAAAACCCCGGCAAGAGACAAAAAUCAAGGAGGAACCUGAGGACGAGGUUACGAUUAAAAGUGAGCCUAGUGAAAUAUCUCUUCAAGAUGAAGUGCCUGUUCUUGUGAGUGAGAAAAGAUUAAAAUUACGAACAGUAAGAAGGAAACUGAAAUCAUCUGGUUUUGACUACAUUAGGAAAAAGAAGAAGCAACAGCAAAAGAAAGAUGGAGAUACUGACUCGGUGAAGGAAAAGAAGACAAAGACUAUAGCACUCAAACAAAAUCUUGAGUCUGAAGAAGACAUCCAAAAUGAAAUAAAAGGAUGGGUGAUCAACAAAGGAUUAGGAGAGACAAUUCUGCACAGAGCGGCAAGACUGGGCUAUACGGACAUUGCAGCGUACUGUCUAGAGAAGAUGGAUCACAACCCCUCACCUCGGGACAACGCAGGGUACACUCCGCUACAUGAGGCUUGCUCCAAGGGUAGGCUAGACAUAGCGAGGCUGCUACUGCUGUACGGGGCUGACGUCAGCGACAGUGCACAGGGAGGCAUCAGGCCACUCCACGAGGCCGCGGAGAACGGUAACUUGGAGUUGAUCCGGUUGUUGUUGUCGUACGGAGGAGACCCUCUACUGGCCACAUACUCUGGGCUGACUCCGAUCUCUCUGACUUACAAUCAUCCAGAUGCGAGACUUCUGCUGCAACACCACCUGGCCGAUGUGCAAGGACAGGUGGCGCCUCCGUGGCAGAUACAACUUACUGAUGCUACAUUGCUGGGCAACAACCCCCUGGAAGGUCCGCCGUCGCCUGAGCCCGCAGAGCUGGAGACGGAGGUCGAGGAGGCAGAGCUGGGUCUGCCGCAUCUCUACCAGCUGCUGGGGGAGCCGCUCUCCGACCGCUGGGUCCUGUUCCAGGAACUUUGUCCCGUGCUGCGUGUCAAGACACGCGAGGCAUUGCUCAAACAGCUGGGACCCAACCACCGAGGAGACUUCCGCGACCUCAAGAUGACAGAGUUCUACGACAUGGCACGCUGCUGUAGCAUUCUCGGUGUCGGAGACUUCAUCCUCAACCCAAAAGCGCACAAAGUAACUCUCGUCAAAUACUCGGAACGAGUUCGGGCACUGCUCAACUCAGAAAAGACAAUUAUAACGCGGUGACCUUAACUAUAAGCUGAUGACGGGUGAAUACUGAGUGAUAUAGUCCCUAGUGUUAUGUGGCUUGUAAUUGUACGUUUACGACUGAUAGUUUCCUGUUUAAGGAUCAUAAAUAUGAAUUUAAUUGUGAAUUAUAAGUUAGUGUAACAUUUUUAAUCAUUACUUUAAAAUCACAGUUUAAAAUGCUGCAACUAAAAUUCAAGCUUUGCAUUUCAAUUUGUAUUGGUUUCUUAUUUCAAACAUACUUUUUUAACAUAAUGUUUAAAUUGCUAAUUUGUAAAUCCAUACUUGGUUUGUACUAAGAACAAUAAGAUUAGGUUGCAUCAACUAAAAUGUAUUCAGUGAGCAUAUUGUUCCCUAUUACUAAAGACAUUGGAAGUGUAUAAGGAACAAAUAUUUUUAUUAAUAUUGAUUUUAUAGCCUUAAAUAAAAUGGUGCGAAGUUAGUGCAAUUGUCCUAAUAGCCAAACUCGAGUUGUUAUUUAGUUUUAAUGUAUAGUUUAAAUAGUGUUUAACAUUUUAUAAAAACUUUUCAUUGUAAAUUAUAGAACGGAUGUAGAUAUGUAAAGUAUUGUAAAUAAGCGAUGAUUUUAGUUUGCUUUCAGAAAUGUAUAUAUUUAUGUAUAUAUGAAUCUAUUUUGGUAGCUGCUUUUUCCAUUCUACGUAAUGAAAGUUGUGAUUUCCUUGAACUUGUGUCAUGACAUGUUAUUCUGCGCUCGGCUAGUUUAUGUGUAUUUACGAUUGUUUAUGUACUGUGAUGUUUUAUCUUACGACAGUUUGGAGACGCGAGGGUUGCUCUCAGGGCUAGAGAUUAUUGAACUUAAGAAAGAAACUGUUAAAUGUUGUUAUGUAUUUCUUUUGUAAGUAAAUGUUUCCUAGUGAGAUUAUUUUAUCAUAGUAUUUUUAUGUUGUAUCUGCUUUGUGUCAUGAGGGUUUCGGUUGCAAGAGUGAAAUUAAUGUUGGCAUCUACGAAUCAAAUAUUUAUACAAUGAGUUCUAAAAUUAUCAGAUUCAAGACUAGGCCUAUACCAAUUAAUUGUAUGGAUAAAAAAUUCUUCCAUACUAUAAAAUGUAGUUUUUAUAUUUUUGGUUUUAUUUUACAUAGCGAUUUGUUAUAUCCUUUGUAAAUAAUUAUUUGUUUAUUGUACUUUAGUUAGGAAAUUUUGUUAUCUUCUUUUUUAAUAAUAAAUCUGUGAUGAAAUUUCAAUGUUAUCGAUGUUAAAUAGUGUGCAAUUUUUAUUGUUUAUACAUCAAUGUAAAUUUCAGAUAAAAGAGUAUUUGAAGAUGUUCU